UAAUAGGCUAAGAAGGAGAUACAGUGAAGGAAGUCACAGAGAAUAAUGUAAUAUAAUGAAAACUAUUUGAAAAACAUUGCGCUCCUGUUCUAGGGGCAUGGUAUAAGCUGUUGUCCCCAACAUGAUUAUUUCCACCAUCCCCCUGCAUGCCAGUUUUUGAAACGUGGAGAACUGGGGGACAAAUGAUAACAUUGACGGAAACUGGGAAACCGAGAAGGAACACCAGUGAUAAGAAAGUGAACAGUGAGACAUUGUAAAGUGAGCCACAUCAUUGAGGAAUUUGCCUAUGAAAGAAAGAGCAAAGCCUAUGGCAGUGCAAGGGAAACAGGACAAGGGAGGGAAGUUUUCAGAACAAGGAUAUCUGAAAAUAGAAAGGAAAAAACUAGUGGGAAAAGGAACACAAUUAAAGGUGAAAAAGAUCAAUCCGUGCAGAAGGAAGAUGAAAUGAAGAUUAAUAUUAGAAUCACUACAGGUGCAAAAAAGGAGAUGCAAGGAGAAAACCUCACCAUUUGGACCUUUUUUUUCCUGGAGGGUUUUUCUAGAUACCCAAAGUUAGAGAUUGUUCUCUUCGCCUUCAGUCUUGUGAUGUAUCUGAUAACCCUCUUGGGCAACAGCACUCUUAUUUUAGUCACUGUCCUAGAGUCACGCCUUCAAACCCCCAUGUACUUAUUCCUCGGAAAUCUCUCUUUCAUGGAUAUUUGUUACACGUCUGCUUCUAUUCCCACGUUGCUGGUGAACUUGCUGUCAUCCCAGAAAACCAUUGUCUUUUCUGGGUGUGCUGUACAGAUGUAUCUGUCCCUUGCCAUGGGCUCCACAGAGUGUGUGCUUCUGGCUGUGAUGGCGUAUGACCGCUACGUGGCCAUUUGCAACUCACUGAGAUACCCCGUCAUCAUGAACAGGCAGGUCUGUGUGCAGAUGGCCGCUGUCUCCUGGGUGACGGGUUGUCUGACUGCCCUGCUGGAAACCACUUGCGCCCUGCAGAUACCCCUCUGUGGGAAUCUCAUAGACCACUUCACGUGUGAAAUUCUGGCCGUGCUGAAGUUAGCUUGUGCACAUUCCUUGCUCAUGGACGUGAUCAUGCUGGUGGUCAGCGUGCUCCUCCUGCCCAUCCCAAUGCUCUUAAUUUGUAUCUCUUAUGUCUUCAUCCUUUCCACUAUCCUGAGAAUCAGCUCAGCAGAAGGAAGAAACAAAGCUUUUUCUACCUGUGGUGCCCACUUGACGGUGGUGAUCUUGUACUAUGGGGCUGCCCUCUCCAUGUACCUAAAGCCUUCUUCCUCAAGCUCCCAAGAAGUAGAUAAAAUCAUUUCACUGCUUUAUGGAGUGCUCACCCCUAUGUUGAACCCCAUAAUUUACAGUUUAAGAAACAAAGAAGUCAAAGAUGCCAUGAAAAAACUAUUGUAUCGAACACAUGAAAAUCUCUGACUGGAUGCCCGCAGUUUUAUCAGGGGGGUGUGCUCCUGGCAGAGUUCCCCAUAGGAAUUCUAGACCGUACACUCACCCACAGAACACUGAUUUGACCUUGAGCCCUAUAAUUUUACAGCUGUGAGGUAUGUGUACACAGAAGUGACUGCCCGUGGACAAUAGCAGGUUCCCGUUUGCAUUUGGCAACAUUUGCUGUCUCUUGUGUUUCACGGUUGGAGAAGUUUUAGGCUGCAGAGUCCUGACACAUUGGCUCCUGAAAGAAAUUUGGAUAAAUUUACUCAGUGAAUGUUGGUGCCAGAAAAAUUUUGGAUAUGUUCUCUGCCUUAAAUCCUUUCUAGAAGGAGGUGGGACCAUAGGGAAACAAACGAAUAAUAGAGAUUGGCCUUGAUUAUGCAAACGAGAAAAUUAAAGAAAAAUUAAAAGGCUCGCUCACCAUCACACAGUUGCAGAACUGGAACUACAACCCCAUUAUCCCUUCAUCUUUGGAAACAUGUUGGACCACAGCGUGGUGGCUCCCUAACUGCCGUUCCUCGUUCAGAACUCCUGAUCAGAGCUUCUGACUUUCUGAGUAAGGCAUUCAGUACUCAUCUGCCAACCUUGAUUUGCUCACCUGCCAACCUUGCCUUUCUAACAACAUUGAUAUUUGUGUAAAUUUUAUCUGUUUCUUUGCCAGUAUAUCACCCAUAUGCUAAGUCUUUUUGUGUGUUUGUCUUCUUUGUUCUUUUUGGGUGAUUGACUUCGGAAGGGCAGGGAAAUCUAUUCUAUUGUACCUUUCGUGUUUACAGCAGUCAUUCGGUAAACUAAUAAAUUUACCAGCUUUAAAGUAAUCUGUUUGAGAAGUAAGUCCCCCUUGAGAAAAUUAGGAAGAAACAAUAUAGGGCAGUGAGGUAUAUUGCUUUAUAUAAAUAGCCAAAGAUGACAGAGACAACAUUUAUAUCCACGUUUGAGCUUUUAUUUGUCUAAAAAUAUUGCUUGUUGAAAAUGUGGACUCUAGGCCUCUACUCCCAGAAUCUGAUUCAGUAGCUCUGACGUGGGGUCCUGGUAUUCUGCAUUUAUGAUAGAUCCCUGAGAAAUUUUGAUACAGAUUUUGAGAUGAUCAGACUUUGGGACACAUUAUUUCCAGCAAAAACUGAUCAUUCCAAAAUAAA